AUGGGUACUUCAUAUUUUGGUCAUUAAAUUUUUAAUUGUUAUGCACCAGAAACUGGAAAUAUAAAAUUAUUGAUUAUGGCAGGGACAGAUUAAUAAAAAGAAAAAUAUUUAAAACCUCUUUUAGAAGGUGAAUGUAAAGCAUUUUUUGCUAUGACAGAGAGAAAUGUUGCUUCAUCUGAUCCAACCAACUUUGAAACUACAAUUACUAAAUAAGGAGAUGGAUAUAUUAUCAAAGGAAGUAAAUGGAUGGUUACAGGUAUACAAGAUCCAAGAUGUAAAUUUGGUAUUAUAAUGGGCAAAACUACUGUUAAUUCUAAAUCACCUUUCACAGAAUAAACAUUGUUCUUAGUUGAUACACAACAUCCAAAUAUUAAAAUUUUAAAGCCAUUAUCAGUUCUUGGUUAUGAUGAAGCACCAAACGGACUUGGAGAAAUGAUUUUUGAUAAUGUUUAUAUUUCCAAAGAAUAAAUGUUAGGUAAAGAAGGAGCUGCCUUUGCUAUGUCUUAAGGUAGACUUUUGGGAGGAAGAUUACAUCAUUGUGUUAGAUUAUUAGGAUUAACUCGUAGAUCUAUUGAUACACUUUUAGAGAGAGGAUAAAGAAGAUAUCAUGAAGGAAAAAAAUAAAAAGAAGAUACAUCUUAUUAAGAAAAGAUUGGUAAAAUAGAAUGUGAAUAUUAAAUUUGUAAGACAAUGAUUUUGAAUGCUGCUAUGAUAUUAGAUUCUCUUGGAGGUAGACAUAUGUAAUCACUUAAAGCUGUAAGUGAAGUUAAAGUAGCUAUACCAAAUAAAUGUUAAUGGAUUAAUGAUGAAUGCAUUCAAUUAUUUGGUGCUUAAGGGAUAACUACAGAUUAUAUUUUGUAAAUUGCAUUUUAGGCUAGUAAAUCAGUUCGAUUGAUGGAUGGUCCUUGUGAAUUACAUAAAAAGUAAGUAGCAAGAUUCACUUAAGGAAGUCAUAUGUUCAAUGAAUUAGUUAAUGUAAAUGGAUACAUAGCUAAUCUUUGA